GCUGGAGGGAGGAAAUAAAUGCUUGGUUUCAUCACAGGCAGGACUUGGAGAGCAAAAGGGUUUAAAAGGGGAAGAGUGAAGAAGGGAAGGCAGGUGUUGCUGAAGGGGAAGAGAAGGAGGCAGCCGGGAACCGAGGAGAGGGCCACGACUGAAGCUGCCAUGAUGCUUGGUCUUCCUUUUCCUGGUUUCUGUUUCCUCUUCCUCCUCUUUUCUUUGGCAUCCAGUUCUCCUACUGGAGAUGGCACUGUGGUGAACACCAAGAGUGGCCCCGUUAAAGGGAAACUUCUCUCAGAAAGCUCUAGUCCUGUGAUGGCCUAUCUGGGCAUCCCUUAUGCUGAGCCUCCCUUGGGGAACCAGCGUUUCCAGAAGCCUCGUCCACAUCAGCCCUGGAGACAAGUCUUGGAGGCUAACAACUUUGGCAAUGCCUGCUCCCAGAUCACUUACCCAGAGUCGCCUGAUUCAAAGGCAUGGGCUCUCAACAGGCCUGUGUCAGAAGACUGCCUCUUUCUCAACAUCUGGGUGCCCCAUCCACAGCCCUCUACACCAAUUCCCAUUCUUGUCUGGAUCCAUGGCGGGGGAGGAUUUUCCUCUGGCUCAGGUUCUAUGAAAUUAUAUAAUGGAGCUUCCUUAGCUGCAAGAGAGAAGGUCAUUGUGGCCUCCAUCAACUACCGCCUGGGCCCUCUGGGCUUCCUUUAUUUGCCACCAACAAUUCCAGGAAAUAUGGGCCUGUUGGAUCAACAGUUAGCACUGACCUGGGUGAAGGAGAAUGCAGCUGCUUUCAGUGGAGAUCCCAAUAAGAUAACCAUUUUUGGCCACAAUGGUGGGGCAGUAUCUGUAGGUUUGCACCUCCUUUCUCCAAGAAGCCAGCCACUUUUCAGCCAAGCUAUCCUGCAGAGUGCAGUUCCCAAUGUGCUCUGGGGAUGGAAACGUCCUGAGGAGGUUAAGCAGAAAACCCUUGCUCUCAGUCAGCUUCUGGGAUGUGUGGAAAGGGAUGAAAAUGCUGUACUGCGCUGCCUUCAGGGAAAAAAUGCAACCGAAUUUAGUCAACAGGAGUUAGCUAUGAUGCAGAUGCAGGAGUUCCUUCUGGAUGUUCCAUUCUUACCAACCACGGAUGGGGACUUUUUGCCUGAGGACCCACAAAAACUACUCCAGUCAGGACACAUCCAGGUCAAACCAAUUCUGCUCGGUGGCACUUCGGAUGAAACAGCUCAUUUUGUGCCGUUUUACUACCCUGAUGUCAAGGAUGGCUUGAUCUCUUGGGAUCAACUUCUGAAAAUAGCAAAGAGGACAAUUCGCAAUGUGAGUCCUGAAGAUGUGAAGGCUGUGGCACUGAAGUACAGUGAAGACCAUCAGGGUGCUGCACAGUACCGGUCAGCCAUGACUCAGAUGGUCAAUGAAUAUGGGUUUUGGUGCCCAUUAGCUGAAUAUGCGGCAACGGUCCAAAAAGCUGGGAGUCCUGUGUAUGCUUACAUCUUCUCUCACCACACUUCUGGUUCAGCCUCCCCUGAGUGGUUUGGUGCUCCUCAUGGUGCUGAACUACCAUAUGUAUUUGGUCACCUUGAGUUGGCUGUGGCGGUCAACAAAACGUAUACAGAAGCUGAGGCUGCAUUGAGCCAUAGAAUCAUGCGCUAUUGGGCAGAGUUCGCCAGAAGUGGGAAUCCCACAGGGUUAAAGGCCAAGGUGGGAAAGUGGCCGCUCUACAAUGCCGCGCAGAAGAAGGUCUUCCUUCUUAACACUGAGGUGCCUCAAAAUCCACUGGUCUCGCCUGCCCGCCACUGUGAUUUCUUGAAACCAUAUUCUGCACAGUCAAACAAAUCUAAUGAGGGUUCUCUUUCACCAAGUGAAGAUGGGAAGAAAUCCCAGUAGUGGGCAUCUCCAUGAAUAAUCAGCAAGCCUUCUUACAGAUUUAGAUGCUGAUAAAGUGACAAAAGGAAUCAGAGAAAGAAGAAAUAGAUUGAUUGGAUUGUGGAUGAUUCACAAUCCCCAUCGGAAGUGGGGACUCACCUUAUUCAUACAUGGGACAACCCAUAUUCCUUUUCCAUAAUAGGUACUCCAAAAACAGAUUAAAAAAUUUCCUGGAAGCCUUAAGAAAUGACAAGCUAUUACAAAACAAAACAAGAACAAACACACUCACACAUGCACAAAACACCCCCCCCCCCCCCCACCAAAACCUUCAAACAUCCUUUCAUGCUGAAUAUGCCCCAUUGUUUUUGGGAAACUUUGCUGCGAAUGUGAUGCUUUAAGCCAGAACCCCAUUAAUAAUCCACUUUUUGUAUGCCUGCAAUCCACGCUUUUGCCACUGAACUCUGAGGAAUGCAUCUUUUCUAUUGUCUCAAGAAAGCAUUUCUAGUAGUUUACUGUAGAAUUAAAUAAAAAUCCUGAAUUACAUUAUAAAA